AUGGCCCACCUUCAGGAGCUUCUUCAACACUGGGGUAAUGCCCCUUGUGUGAUUGCUCGAGUACCACCGAACUCUGUCUCUAUCGACCGUACUCUGCCCUAUGGCCACCAGCACGAUCGCAGCUCAUCUUCUCGCCACUCUCAGACCCCGCUGUCCCAGCCUCCCCGCCGCCCCUCGGGUGGGAGAGAUGUUGCUUGGCACCACCGCUCGGCUUCCCCGCCGCGGCAUGGCUCCAACUUGGGGUGGCCCUCUGAUGUUCCUAUGGCCUUUGCUCCUCCUGCUACUGAUUCUUGGUGGCCCUCUGCCACCACCUUCAAGUUUCCUCGCCUGGCUUUAGCGAUCUCGUCUCCCAGGAAGGAUGGUAGUAAAACAAAGAAGCGAAUUGUUAAAAUUAAUGAUCUGUUUGGUUCAACAAUUGAUGUCAAUCUGUGGGAGUCAGCAUCAAAACAAAGAGGCCAUGAAUUAAAAAAUAUGUCAACCCCUGCUGUUGUUCUUAUCCUUGUUGUACGCAAUGCCCGUGUAGGGUACUUUAAUGGGAAGUACGAAUAUUGCAAAAGCAAUCAAACAUGUGGCAGCAGAAACUUCAUGUUCCCUUUCGGCACAGCUCACCGUAGUUGUGGUCUGCCAAGCUAUCAACUCGACUGUGUGCAGAACGUACGUCCAGUAAUUGGAAUAGGGAGACAAAAUUACACAAUAUUACAGAUUUUCUAUCAUAAUAAGACGUUUAAGCUGACAGAUGACAAGUAUUUCCAAGAUUGCACAUUUUCUAAUCCGAUCGAUGCAACGUGGGACUCGGGCAAUAGCAUUUUUAAUAUCAUCAAUGUGAACAACGCAAGUCUACAAGUGUAUGUAUGUGGUGGGAAAUGUUUACCUUAUGGAUCAUAUCCACCAGAGUAUCAUAAUUUGUCAUGUUCUCCGAAAAUGGUCACUAUUCCAGCAGCAACGGUUCAAUGGUCUAUUCCUGAAGAACGAGAGCAGAGUUGCAGAGAUUGUGAAAAAAGUAAGGGUUUUUGUGGCUAUAGCCUUUCCAAUUCGGGGAACUUCUUCAUCUGCUAUUGCCAGGAUGGUCCUCAUUCAAAGCAGUGCUCACAAGGCCGAACAAGUAAAAGGGGAGUUGUAAUAGGUGUCGCCAUUGGAACGGCUGGCUUGCUGAUAGCUGUAACAGGGCUUGUAGUUUGUUAUCGAAAUUCAAGGCCUACUUCUGACGUGGAACAAUUUCUCCAUGAUUAUGUCGAUGAAAUGCCCAACAGAUAUUCCUAUUCUCAACUGAAAAAGAUCACCGACAACUUUGCAGACAAAUUGGGGGAAGGUGCUUACGGUGUGGUUUAUAAAGGAAGGCUCUCAAGCGGUAAUAUGGUGGCUGUUAAAAUUCUUGAUCAUUCAAGACACAGUGAGGAACAGUUCAAGAAUGAAGUUGGCACCAUCGGAAGAAUCCAUCACACUAAUUUGGUUCGACUGAUGGGUUAUUGCUUCGAAGGAGCUCGAAGCGCACUUGUUUAUGAGUACAUGAUAAAUGGGUCUCUGGAGAAAUUUAUAUUUGCAGAAAAAGGAAAAGAACAGAUGCUCAAUUGGGAUCAAUUGUAUUCAAUUGCUUUGGGUGCAGCUCGUGGAAUUGCAUACUUACACCAAGAUUGCAACAGACGCAUCAUCCAUUUCGACAUUAAACCUCACAAUAUAUUAUUGGACGCCGACUUCACACCCAAAGUAGCAGAUUUUGGUCUGGCUAAAUUGUGUGGAAAGGAAGACUAUCACAUAUCACUUACGGCAACCCGAGGAACUCCAGGAUACAUUGCGCCAGAGCUUUGGUACAGAAAUUUGGGUCCUGUAACGGAUAAAUCAGAUAUUUACAGUUUUGGAAUGGUGUUACUGGAGAUAGUUGGAGGAAGGAAGAAUAUUAAUUUGCAGGCAAGCAGGUCCAGUCAAAUUUAUUUUCCAGAGUGGGCAUUCAAGUUGAUAGAAAAUGGGGAGUUAGAGAAGACGGUAAGAGAAGUAGCAAGAGAAGGAGGGUGCAUAGAUGAUGAAAAAGCAAUACGGCUAACAAAAGUGGGAUUGUGGUGCAUCCAACACAAUUCUAUAAAUCGGCCAACGAUGAGGAGAGUGGUUCAAAUGUUGGAAGGCAAUGGUGAGGAUGUGGUUGCUCCUCCCUUUCCUUUUGAUUCCCCACCUUCGCCUGAAGCUCCGUUUCUUUCAUCUUUUAGAGAAGAAGCUUCUAGUGAUACACUUUAAUAG